UGUGGGAACUGUCGCCAUGGCAGCCAGGAGGCGGGCUCGCGCGGCGGGAGGCGGGCAGAGCGGAGCGGUGGGCUGGGGGCUGGAGGACAGGUUUGUGCGCUGGACGCAAGCCGCAGGCGCAGCCUUGCUCACCGAGAACCGGCCAGAGACAGGUUUCACCGUGUUGGCCAGGCUGGUCUCGAACUCCUGACCUCAGGUAAUCCACCUGCCUUGGCCUUCCAGAGUGCUGGGAUUACCAGACGUGAGCCACCGUGCCUGGCUGACCCAUCUAAGAGUCGAAUCUGUCUGUGUUGUGUUUACCUUUCUUUGCUCUCCCAAGAACGUGUUACGAGUCAGUUUUUAGUGAAAAAACAUUGGGCUAGGAGCCAAGACCCAUCUCUUCACUAUUUUGGUAUUGUGCAAGUCAUCUUAUCUCUCCGGACCUCAGUUGUCUCAUCUCUAAAAAGGAGAUAAAAAUUAUUUACCUGCCUGAACAUGAGGUGGAGGACCAUCCUGCUACAGUAUUGCUUUCUCUUGAUUACAUGUCUACUUACUGCUCUUGAAGCUGUGCCUAUAGACAUAGACAAGACAAAAGUACAAAAUAUUCACCCUGUGGAAAGUGCAAAGAUAGAACCACCAGAUACUGGACUUUAUUAUGAUGAAUAUCUCAAGCAAGUGAUUGAUGUGCUGGAAACAGAUAAACACUUCAGAGAAAAGCUCCAGAAAGCAGACAUAGAGGAAAUAAAGAGUGGGAGGCUAAGCAAAGAACUGGAUUUAGUAAGUCACCAUGUGAGGACAAAACUUGAUGAACUGAAAAGGCAAGAAGUAGGAAGGUUAAGAAUGUUAAUUAAAGCUAAGUUGGAUUCCCUUCAAGAUAUAGGCAUGGACCACCAAGCUCUUCUAAAACAAUUUGAUCACCUAAACCACCUGAAUCCUGACAAGUUUGAAUCCACAGAUUUAGAUAUGCUAAUCAAAGCGGCAACAAGUGAUCUGGAACACUAUGACAAGACUCGACAUGAAGAAUUUAAAAAAUAUGAAAUGAUGAAGGAACAUGAAAGGAGAGAAUAUUUAAAAACAUUGAAUGAAGAAAAGAGAAAAGAAGAAGAGUCUAAAUUUGAAGAAAUGAAGAAAAAGCAUGAAAAUCACCCUAAAGUUAAUCAUCCAGGAAGCAAAGAUCAACUAAAAGAGGUAUGGGAAGAGACUGAUGGAUUGGAUCCUAAUGACUUUGACCCCAAGACAUUUUUCAAAUUACAUGAUGUUAAUAGUGAUGGAUUCCUGGAUGAGCAAGAAUUAGAAGCCCUAUUUACUAAAGAGUUGGAGAAAGUAUAUGACCCUAAAAAUGAAGAGGAUGAUAUGGUAGAAAUGGAAGAAGAAAGGCUUAGAAUGAGGGAACAUGUAAUGAAUGAGACAUUAGAUCAGCAACAGUUCUUCACAGAGGAAGAACUAAAAGAAUAUGAAAAUAUUAUUGCUUUACAAGAAAAUGAACUUAAGAAGAAGGCAGAUGAGCUUCAGAAACAAAAAGAAGAGUUACAACGUCAGCAUGAUCAACUGGAGGCUCAGAAGCUGGAAUAUCAUCAGGUCAUACAGCAGAUGGAACAAAAAAAAUUACAACAAGGAAUUCCUCCAUCAGGGCCAGCUGGAGAAUUGAAGUUUGAGCCACACAUUUAAAGUCUGAAGUCCACCAGAGCUCGGAAGAAAGCUGUUAACUCAACAUCUAUUUCAUCUUUUUAGCUCCCUUCCUUUUUCUCUGCUCAAUAAAUAUUUUAAAAGCAUAUUUGAAAUAAAGGAAGAUACUUUUUAAAUGAAAACACUUUUUUGGGGACACAGAUAUUAAAGGAUUGAAGUCUAUCAGAACCAGGAAGAAAACAAACUCACUGUCUGCUCUCUGCUCUCACAUUCACACGUCUCUUCUAUUUUUUUUUUUGUUGUUGUUGUUCUCCUUUAGUGAUUUAAUUAAGUGGCUUUAUGCCAUAAUUUAGUGAAACUAUUAGGAGCUAUUUAAGUGAGAAAACUCUGCCUCUUGCUUUUAAAUUAGAUUGCUCUCACUCAUAAACGUAGAUAUUCUUUUAUGGGUGCUUAUUCUUUCUUUCAAUAAAUAUUUCUUUGAUAUUAA